ACGCCCACCCUUCUCGCAAGGGCUGCCGGGACAGCCCCCAUCUUUGAGCGCGUUUGGCUGGCCCGCGGGCGCUCGGAAGUGGAGGCGCUUCCGUCGUUGUUCGUGAGCCUUGUGGCGUCUGCCGUUCCAGACCUUUGAGUGUGGGAAAUUUUACAGAUAGAUAGCCACAAUGGCUGAAAAUGGAGAUAAUGAAAAACUGGCUGCUCUGGAGGCCAAAAUCUGUCAUCAAAUUGAGUAUUAUUUUGGAGACUUCAAUUUGCCACGGGACAAAUUUUUAAAAGAACAAAUCAAAUUGGAUGAAGGCUGGGUACCUUUGGAAAUAAUGAUAAAAUUCAACAGGUUAAACCGUCUAACAACAGACUUUAAUGUAAUUGUGCAAGCACUGAGCAAAUCUAAGGCAAAACUCAUGGAAAUCAGUGCAGACAAAACUAAAAUCAGAAGAUCUCCAAGCAAACCUCUCCCUGAAGUGACUGAUGAGUAUAAAAAUGAUGUAAAGAACAGAUCUGUUUAUAUUAAAGGCUUCCCUACUGAUGCAACCCUUGAUGACAUAAAAGAAUGGCUAGAUGAUAAGGGCCAAAUAUUGAACAUUCAGAUGAGAAGAACAUUGCACAAAACAUUUAAGGGAUCAAUUUUUGCUGUGUUUGAUAGUAUUCAGUCUGCAAAGAAGUUUGUAGAGACACCUGGCCAGAAGUACAAAGACACAAGCCUGCUAAUACUUUUUAAGGAAGACUACUUUGCAAAAAAAAAUGAGGAAAGAAAGCAAAGCAAAGUGGAAGCCAAAUUAAAAGCUAAACAAGAACAUGAAGGAAGACAUAAGUCAGGAGGUGCUGAAAUGAGAUCUCUAGAAGGAAAAAUUGGAUGCUUACUCAAGUUUUCGGGUGACUUAGAUGACCAGACCUGUAGAGAAGAUUUACACAUCCUUUUCUCAAAUCAUGGUGAAAUAAAAUGGAUUGACUUUGUCAGAGGAGCAAAGGAGGGAAUAAUUCUUUUUAAAGAUAAAGCUAAGGAAGCACUGGAUAAAGCCAGAAAUGCAAAUAAUGGUAACCUACAAUUAAGGAACAAAAAAGUCACUUGGAAAGUGCUAGAAGGACACGUGGAAAGAGAGGCAUUAAAAAAAAUCAUAGAGGAUCAGCAAGAAUCCCUAAACAAAUGGAAGUCAAAAGGUCGCAGAUUUAAAGGUAAAGGAAAGGGAAAUAGAGCUGCCCAUCCUGGGUCUGCUAAAGGAAGAGUACAGUUUCAGGGAAGGAGAACAAGAUUUGAUGAUGAUGACCGUCGUGGUUCAGGACCAAUGAAAAGGGGACGAGAAGGAAGAGACAGAGAAGAACCUGCAUCCAAACAUAAGAAAAGAGAAAAUGGUGCUAGAGACAAGUAGUUUAGUAAACAACAUUUUUAUUCAUCUUAGUUAGAUUUUAAGCUGCUUUUUGUCUCUGGAAGCUUUUAAAAAGAAAACCGAAUUAGGUCCACUUCGAUGUCCACCUGUAUAAAAGGAAAAAUUUUUUUGUUGUUAUACUUGUCUUUUUGUUGUUACCCAAAUGAAAAUUUUUUAAAAUGUAUAGUUCUGUUUGUGUUCGGAUGAUUGAAAUAUGAAAAGGAAAGUUCUUCCUCUUAAUUGCCUUUGUAAUAUGAGAAUGUAUUAGUACAAACUUGUAAAAUAUAUACUAUAUAAAAAUAGCAAA